AUGGACCUACAUGAAUACACCGACUUUUACCUUCAGUGCAAGAAUGAUAACCCUAAUGCUACGACUGAUGAAAUUAUCCAAAAGUACAAGUCAAUAUCAAAACAAGUGGUCGGCGGAACCAGCAGUAAAGCGAAACAAUUUGUGUUCGAUGUUGACGGUACCAUAGCUACUGAGGCCGCUUUUUACGAGCAAAAAUAUAUCGACAGAUAUGGGGUUCUUCAGACCUUUCUUGAUCACAUAAAUGAUUCGUUAAAUAAAUGGGACACAGUAAAAUAUCAUUCACCAUUAGUAGCUUUGGUGCAAGCAUCGACUAUAGGGAAGUCAAAAAUGUUAUGGGCAGCUGCAGAACACGUCUAUAUGGUUUAUGUAUGUCUUCGCAACAAAAAAUCAUCUGGUAUCCCUCCUCGAUCAACUAUUUCAGAUAAACUCUGUACAUUCAUUGAUGAUCAGACAGCAUUAUUCACGUAUGUUACAUUUAUUUGUUCAACAAUGCGACAUCUUACGAACUUUAAAGGUAACAAGACAGAUUGGUUCAAAGCCCAUACUUCGAAUAAUCAGUCAAAAUUUUGGAAUGUUAUUGAAGAGGGAAUGAAGAAAUGCAUGGACGAGGUUCGAAAUAUAAUCGGCAGCAGAAAUGAUUACGAUAAAGUGGAAUGGCAUUCCAUCAAGCAGUUAGUCAAGACAUGUUGGGAUUCUUCGAAAGAAAUUUUAAACAGUAGUGAAUCAGAAAGUGGGAUACAAUUAUUAUUCGUAUUUGAUGAAGCCAAAAUACUGACGGAAGAAGAAACAAACCGUGACAAAACAAACUUCGAAUGUUUACGACAUGCACUAGCUACCCUACCUACAUACGAAUCAGGAGGCCGUGCAUUUGCUAUCGUCACUGAUACAGCAUCGAAAAUAUCAAACUUUGCUCCAUCAGCUCGUCGUGACCCUUCUUGGCGCGUUCAGAAGAACAGAUUAGCCCUGUAUCCGCCGUUUUAUCAUAUUGCCACAAUGGACACUUUCAUGACACAAGAAACAGAACCAAAGACGUUAAAGCAAGUGGCAUCACCGCAGUACUUCUUUCAUUAUGGGCGGCCUCUUUGGGGUGGAUUGCUCAAAGCUACAGAUGCUUACACAAGUAAGCAAGUUUUAAGUCCUGAAAAAAUACUAGAAAUAGCGAAAAGCAAGUUGAUUGGAGGUCUUGACCUUGAAGAUUGGAUCACAAAGAAACAUAGUGAGAAAAUAACAAUAUCAGAAUCUAUUGCAGUCCUUGGCCCACGAUUGUGUAUCGAUGUUGUGCCCCAGACUGAAUUGGCCACGGAACUUGUUGCUAGCUAUAUGAGUUUGUGCUACUACAUAUCUGAUACUCGUGAGUCAGUUAUGAUCGAUUAUCCAUCGGAUCCAGUACUAGCAGAAGCAUCAGCCCGUAUAACAAACAAUACUAAUAAAAUCGGGUUAGCACACUAUGUUCGCACACUCAUUAGUGCUCUCCGAGAAGGAUCAGUCGAAGGUGGAUACAGAGGAGAGUUAGUUGCCCGAUUGAUCUUAACAAUGGCAUGGGAUAAAGCCUGCGUUGAGCGUGGUCACACUAAGGAAGCAAAUGUGUUCUCACGUCCAAUGACAUUGCAGCAAUAUUUCCAAGCCCUCUUUUCUUCAAAAGUUUGGCAAGCACUUCAAGACAAACUUUCCUCGGAAUUACAAACUGCGAAAAUUAGGUUCACUCAUUUUAUUCGUGUUACAUAUACACCAUCUCAACAACAGCUUCUUGAGUUCUUUCGACGUGGUGCCGCCAUAAUUUGCAAGAGAAAUCAAGUUGGUGUGGACUUAAUACUGCCAUUGUUGAUCAAUAUUGGUGAGGAUGAGGAAUUUUCUCAUGAACAUGUAACAUAUGUCUUGAUCCAAGUUAAAAAUUAUCAAAGCGGAAAUGAUCCUAGUUAUCCGAUGACAGCAACAUCAUUACUUUCUCCAGAUAAUGCUGGUAUUGAGGAAAUUGCAACAAAACCAUUUAUUGCUCUUUACAUGCAACUAGGAACACCGAAAGCAUCAUUUGAUAUUCCCCGUCCUGAUUACGUCACAAGAAACAUCACGAAAAAUUUGGAAGAACUUGAACAACCAGAGGCCUCGACGAAGCCUAGAACAAGGGCAAAUACGAAGAGAAGAUUGAAGGAUCAUGCAACCGAUAUUGGAUCGGUGAAUCUUUUGAAGUGUUCUAGAUCAGAUGCUACUACGAGUCGUAUACAUUACCAGACAGCCAUUGCAUUGUUUGGCUUGUCACGUGAAAUUUAUGGCAUUUUUCCAGACUCGGCACAAGUUAUGGAAGCAACCUCAUCUGUCACAACAGUAGAACCUGCACCUGUUUCAGAUAUCACAGAACUACUAAAAAUAAUGUUGAAAACAUGGGCAGAACCGUGCAAUCUUCAGAGUACAGAAGCACGAAAGGAACUAAUCACAAGAAUGAGUCCUCACGUUUACAACACAACGAAACCCUGGCAAGCCAUAGCAAUGGACAAGAAUGACAAAGAUGGCAAUUCUGAAAAAGAAUAA